AUCGAAAGUCCUAAAAUAAAACAAGUCAAUCGUUGACAUAAAGUUAAUUAGAGCCAGAAACAAUUUUCAGUCCUGUUUUAGUACCACACCAAAGAGUAGGGUAAAAUAGGAUCAAUUGCUCACGUUGCUUAUUACCGUAGAGGGCUAGCUCCGGUUCAGAUCUCUUAAAAAGUCAGAAUUGAGGGAGAUUUUUGGAGUCUUGGCUAUUUGUAUUUUGGGCCCUUUUUGGACGUGUUAUAGCCAAAUUUGAACAUUUUUCAUUGCGUUCUUGAGGUUGUUUUCAGCUAUAAAUAAGUUUUCUUAUUUUAAUGAUAUCAGAAAUGAACCAAACGAUGGGACAUGGACGGGUACAAAACUUGGUUCAUGAUGCGAAGAAGCUAUGGGAUUUAUGGAAUCUUCGGAGUAGUCUCAUCUUGAGCCUGUUCCUACAAGCUUUCUUAAUAUCGGUUGCUUCUAAGAGGAAACGACAUAAGUCCAACUUCCUGCACCUGUUGAUUUUGUUAGCCUACGUGCUAGCAGAAUGGAUUGCUGCUUACACUCUUGGUCAAAUCGUCCGCUCGGGUGAUGACAUCUAUAAUCCCAAGAAAACUGGAGAGCUUUUUUUAUUUUGGGCACAGUUUCUUUUGUUGCAUCUUUCAGGCCCUGAUAACAUUACUUCGUUUUCACCUGGGGAUAAUGGAUUCUGGUUGAAGCAACUUGUUGGACUCAUUUUUCAAGGUCUAGCUACUGUCUUGAGCUUCUGUUUUAUCACAAUUGUCAAAAAAAAUGAGCUACAGUUCCCCACUAUCAUAGUGUUCUGCGUGGGAAUUAUUAAAUGUUCCGAGAGGCUGAAAGCUCUACUUAAUUCUAGCUGUGAUCGUUUUGGAGAAACUUUAUUGCCAAAAGCAGAUCCUGGACUUGACUAUGAAGACGCUGUAGCGAUGUACAGCUCAAACAGAGUGACAAGUAAUGUCCAAGUUGAUGAAAUGGCAUCAGAUGAAACUACGAAUAAGAAUAUCGGUUGUGCAAACAUUGAUCUUCCUAGCUAUGUAGGAAACGAUAGCCAAAUUCUUUUAUUGCUUGAUGCGGAUUCAUUCUUCAAGGAAUUUAAGGUACUCUUUUCUGGCUCCUUUUUAAGUAAUGAACAUCGAAAAGCAAGCCGUGAGUAUUUUCUAAAUUGUAAAAGUCACAUAGCUUUUAGAUUAGUCGAGUUUGAACUUAACUUCUUGCACGAUCUUAUGCAUACCAAAGCGAUUGUAUUGCAAAGCACAUUUGGAUACAUCCGCCGAUUCUUUUGUUCGUUUUCUAUAAUCGUCGCGGCAUUUUCUUUUUAUAGAGCUGAGAAGCGAGGGUAUGCUAAGUUUGAUGUCUACCUUACUUAUGCCUUGCUCACGGGAACCAUUAUCCUUGAUAUCGUUUCUUUCGUCAAGCUCUUCUUUUCUGAACGGAGCAUAAUUAGAGCACCAUGGAUGGAACAGUUCGUUCCUAAAUUUAUGUUGAAAAGAAAACACUGGUCCAGAUCAGUCUUCCAGUCUAGUAUGUUAAAACUCUGUCUAUAUAAACGUUCCACAUGGCUAUUCUACAGGUUCGCUGGUUACAUAAUUGAUUCGACUAUAAUGGUAGACAAAAUGAGACUCUGGUUUUCCUCUUUCGGGGAUGUCACUAAAGAAGUGGAGGCAUUAAUUUUCGAUGAGCUCAAAAAAAAAUCUAAGAAAAAUAGGAGUUUAGAGGAUGCAAUUGAAGCAUGUAAAGACAGAGGCCUUUCGGCUCUGUUCCAGGAUUGUGAUACUUACGUAACACUUGAAUGGAGCAUUACAGAGUUCCACUAUAUGGAGAGCCUUCUCCUCUGGCACUUAGCUACUGACCUUUGCUAUCAUCAUCUUGGGGGCCCGAUAGAUAAAUAUGUUAAGUUGUGCAAGCUUCUCUCAAACUACAUGUUUUAUCUACUGGCCAUGCAGCCUACGAUGUUGUCCCAAGAUCUGGGAAAUUGGCUUGUAGUGUUUCAAGACACUCAGGAAGAAGCUAAAAGAUUUUUUAAAAAGUACUCAAUUUCUCAUCACAAAGAAGGUUGCCAAAAGUUGAUCUCGGUUGGAACAAAAUACAGGCCAGCUUUGGUGAAGAGAUCCAAAAGCAAAUCUUUGUUGUUUGAUGCUUGCAUCCUUGCACAUCAGCUUCGACAACAAAAACACGAGGAGCAGUGGGAGUUAAUGGCUCAAGUAUGGAUAGAGUUGAUGUCUUUUGCCGCAAUUAAUUGCAGCCCAGCAACACAUGCGCUGCAGCCUAGCAAAGGGGGAGAACUUUUGACUUUCACCUGGUUACUCAUGCAUCAUUUGGGUUUAGGAAUGCAGUUCUCCAAGUAGAUAAAACCAAUCAUGUAUGAAAUUGGCUACUAAUUACAAUAACAACAAACUCAAUUUGAUUUUCAAUUAAACCCCUACUGUUCCUUGCAUGUAGCAUUUGAGGUUCUGUACUUAAUAUUUAGCCUACAAGUUCAUGGGAUUAACGCAUAGGCUGACUGUUGUGUUUUGUAUUAUUUUAUUUGGGACAAAAUGUUCUUUUCUCGAA